AAAAAAAAAAAAUUGUCAAAAUGGCAUCUUUGCCUUGUUGUCGGAACAGGGAAAAAUUUUGUUAAGAAAGCACAUGGGGUGCACCCCGGGGAGCAGAUCUGUGAAACGGACCUUUGAAAGGCGGUUAAAUGUGUCUCUCCUCUCUCUUUCACUUUCAGUUAUGUUCAUAACUUUGAAAAUAAGAGGCUCUCGCUUUCUCCCCCCAACUUCUACCCCGUUCUCAACACCCAUCAUACACUUACCUUUCUUGCAAAACCCUUCCAAAGUUCAGAGUAACUUCUCUCUCAUACUUGCUUUCAAUUUCAAUGUAUCUUAACUUUCCAGGCCUCUUUCCCAUAUUCAGUACUUAAUGCAAAUUCUGGGUACUUACUUCUAUUUAAAUUUCAGAUUUGUCCAUUUCUUUGUUGGUUUUAUUUCUUCUUUUCCAUAAUGAUUUGGAAACUGGAAGACAGGCACGAACCCAUAGCAAAAUUAAAGCAAUAUCAUUACUCAACUUGAAAAAGGCCAAAUGUGUUUCCCAAUAUUUUAAAUACUCACAUAAGUUGAACACACAGAGAGUAUAACGGUAUCUGUAGAUGUCCUAGCAGCUGUUUGGCGCAAGGGAAAUUAGUUUCCUGAGUAGAUGGGGAAUGUAAUAGGUUCAUUUUUUUCGGGGUUCGCUAGAGUUGUCGGCGAUCUGUUUGGCUCUCCACUCGAUUUCCUUUCUGGAAAGUCUUGCAGCUCGGUUUGCGGAAUAACAUGGGAUUUCAUCUGUUACAUCGAAAAUUUCUGCGUUGCCAAUCUGCUGAAGAUAGCCAUGGUGUCUUUUCUUCUCUACAUAGUUCUCUUAUUCUUCUACCUACUUUACAAACUGCGCAUUUGCAAUUGCAUUGGCCGGAGCCUCUGCAAAAUGGUGUGGGCAUGCUUCAUUUCAUGUUUCUCUGCAUGGGAAUACUGCUGCACUUUCUUGUGUGUUAAGCUUCCAAGGCUCAAAAGGACAAACCGAGGACACAUAAAAGACUUUCAAGUGUCUGAUUCAAGUUGUGAUGGAGAAGGUGACAGUGAAAUCUUUUCAUAUAAUGCACAUAGGCCUAUGGAAGUGAGAAGACCACCGUCUCGGCGAUGGAGGGAUCAUAGAGCAAGUCACUUAAGAAAGUCCUUGAGGCCAAGAAGUCAUCAAAUUCGAGUAGGGAUUAGCAGAGACUCGGUUAACAGUUCUAGAAGAAACUCAAUUAAGCAUGACAAUUACAUUAACACACUCCAUGGCAUUAGGGUGACACAAACAUCGAAAUUCGUGCAAAAAGGCCUUAGUUUCAAGGGCACAAUUCGUCGGAGCCGAAGAUGGUGAAGAUCUUGGAUACUUACAUGA